UGUGCGUGGAUGUGUGUGUAUGUGUGUGUGUGUGUAUGCGUGUGAGUGAGUGUGUGUGUAAGCUGCUUCUCGUGUUGAUGUCGGUUGGCUACCCGCGAGUCUGACGGUGGAAAAAAAGGCUAGACCCCCGCAGGAAAAGCAAAACACGGUGAUAGUUGGCUGCGCCUCGUCCUGUGUGAGUUACAAGGUCGGUCCGGAACGAUGAGCCAGCCGCGGCAGGACGAGUUCAAGCCGCCGCCGGAGUGCCCGGUCUUCGAGCCCAGCUUGGAAGAAUUUGGAGAUCCUUUUGCUUUUAUCAAUAAGAUCCGUCCAAUCGCCGAAAAAACUGGCAUUUGCAAAGUCCGCCCGCCUCCGGGUUGGCAGCCUCCAUUUGCUUGCGAUGUCGACAGACUUCACUUUGUUCCUCGCAUCCAGAGGCUCAAUGAACUGGAGGCACAAACCAGAGUCAAGCUUAACUUUUUGGACCAGAUUGCCAAGUUUUGGGAUUUGCAGGGGUGUGCCCUGAAGAUUCCUCAUGUGGAGAGGAAGAUUUUGGAUUUAUACAAACUGAAUAAGCUGGUAGCAGAUGAGGGUGGAUUUGAUAUCGUCUGCCGGGACAGGCGAUGGACCAAGAUUGCACUACAAAUGGGCUUUGCCCCUGGCAAGGCUGUAGGCUCACACCUGCGAGCGCAUUAUGAGAAAAUCCUCUAUCCCUACAAUCUCUUUCAGAGUGGAGCAAACCUCCUGGCACCAGAGCCAGCUUCCAAACUGAUGCGUUUGGAGGCUGAUCCUGAACAUGAAAAGUGCGUUCAGAAGCCGCAGCCAGGGGAUGAUGUGGACAGCAGGGAGUACAAACCCCACGACCUGGCUCAGAGACAGUUUGUCCUGCCGUCCGAGCUUUGUCCCAAUGCCCGCAGAGCCAAGCGCAUGAAGUCUGAGUCUGUCUGUGUGAAGGUGGAGCCAGGUGAGCCGUGUGAGAACAGGCCUAACCUGAGGAGGCGGAUGGGCUCUUUUGUUGCCAAGCCAGAGCCAGCAGAAAAAGAGAUUCCCAUUCCAGUGAAACACGAGCCAGUGGAGACUAAGGAACCAGUGAUUGAAGUCGACAAAAGCAAGUCACGAUACAAGAAAAACAUCCUUCCAGUUCCCCCGAGCCCAGUGGACCUGGUUGUGUGUCUGGUGUGCGGCAGCGGGGCUGACGAAGACCGUCUGUUGCUGUGUGACGGCUGUGAUGACAGCUACCACACCUUCUGUCUCAUCCCCCCUCUCCACGAUGUCCCCAAAGGAGACUGGAGGUGCCCCAAGUGUCUGGCUCAGGAAUGCAGCAAACCUCAAGAGGCAUUUGGCUUUGAGCAGGCUUACAGAGACUAUUCCUUGCGUGCAUUUGGGCAAAUGGCUGAUGCAUUUAAAUCUGAUUACUUCAACAUGCCAGUUCAUAUGGUACCGACAGAGUUGGUGGAGAAAGAGUUCUGGCGCUUGGUGGGAGCCAUUGAGGAGGAUGUUACUGUAGAGUAUGGAGCGGAUAUUGCCUCCAAGGAGUUUGGGAGCGGAUUCCCCAUUCGGAACGGAAAAUUUAAGGUUUCCGCUGCAGACGAGAAGUACCUCACAUGUGGCUGGAACCUCAACAACAUGGCGAUGAUGGACCCCUCUGUGCUGACUCACGUCACAGCUGACAUCUGUGGAAUGACGCUGCCGUGGCUCUACGUAGGCAUGUGCUUCUCCUCCUUCUGCUGGCACAUCGAGGACCACUGGAGCUACUCCAUCAACUACCUGCACUGGGGGGAACCCAAAACAUGGUAUGGAGCUCCUGGAUUUGCUGCUGAGCAGCUGGAGGAGGUGAUGAAGAAACUGGCCCCAGAGCUGUUUGAGUCCCAGCCCGACCUCCUCCACCAACUUGUCACCAUUAUGAACCCCAACACUCUUAUGGCCUAUGGAGUCCCAAUUUACAGAACAAACCAGUGUGCGGGUGAGUUCGUUGUUACAUUUCCCAGAGCCUACCACAGUGGCUUCAACCAAGGCUUCAACUUUGCUGAGGCUGUCAACUUCUGCACUGUGGACUGGAUGCCUCUAGGCAGACAGUGUGUCGACCACUAUCGCUUGCUGCACCGGUACAACGUCUUCUCCCAUGACGAGAUGGUUUGCAACAUGGCCUCCAAGGCAAAAACUCUCGAUGUGGUCCUUGCGUCAGCUGUGCACAAGGACAUCGCCAUCAUGAUCCGAGAAGAGCAGGAACAUAGAGAGAAAGUCAAACAAAUGGGAGUGUUGCAUUACAAGGAAGCAAAAUACGAUCACCUCCAGGAUGACGAGCGGCAGUGUGCCAAAUGCAGGACCACCUGCUACCUGUCGGCUGUUACUUGUCCCUGCAGCCCUGGCAUCCUGGUCUGUCUGCACCACGUCACCGACCUCUGCUCCUGCCCUGUCAGCAACUACACACUGAAUUACAGAUUUACACUGGAUGCCCUCUUCCCCAUGCUGGAGGCUGUGAAGCAGCGAGCUGAAUUGUAUGAUGAAUGGGCUUCCCGUGUGACAGAGACACUCGAGGCCAAACUGGAAAAGAAGAAAGGCCUGGCAGUCUUCCGCUCCCUUCUUGCUGAAUCAGACUCCAGGAUGUUUCCUGACAACGACCUCCUGCGUCGGCUACGUUUAGUCACACAGGAUGCAGAGAAGUGCUCUGCGGUGGCACAGCAGCUACUGAACGGCAAACGGCAGACCAGGUAUCGGUGUGGUGGUGGGAAAUCACAGAGCCAGCUGACUGUGGAGGAGCUCAGCUCAUUUGUGAGACAGCUUUAUAACCUUCCCUGCAGCCUCUCCCAAGCCCCGUUGUUGAAGGAACUCUUGAAUCGCAUUGAAGACUUCCAGCAACACAGUCAGAAGGUCCUGGCCGAUGAAGUCCCAGGUGUCGCUGAGAUCCAGAGCCUGUUAGACGUCAGCUUUGACUUUGACGUGGAGUUGCCUGAGUUGCCCCGCCUGAGAGUGAGACUGGAGCAGGCACGCUGGCUGGAGGGCAUGCAGCAGGCCAGCGCCCAGCCUGCCACCCUGACUCUGGAGACCAUGAGGAGGCUCAUCGACCAGGGAGUUGGCCUUGCCCCUCACCCAUCUGUGGAGAAAGCCAUGGCUCGCCUGCAGGAGCUGCUUACUGUGUCCGAGCACUGGGAGGACAAGGCGAGCAGCCUCCUCAAAGCCAGACCACCGCACUCCAUAGAGACUCUGAGUGCUGCUGCUGAGAAGGUGUCCGGCAUCCCUGCUUAUCUCCCCAACUGUCUGCUCCUGAAGGACACCAUCAGAAAGGCCAGAGAAUGGCUUCAGGAAGCCGAGGACCUUCAGGCUGGUGGUCACACACCUGUGGUGGACAACCUGUCUGACAUGGUGCUACGGGGACAAGCCAUUCAAGUAUAUUUGGAGCCUUUAGAGAGGCUUGAGUCAUUGGUAGGAGAAGUGCAGGAGUGGAAAGAAUCUGCAGCUACUACUUUCCUGCUGAAAAACUCUCCCUUUACUUUACUUGAGGUUCUGUGUCCAAGAUGUGAGGUUGGAAAUUUGGGAUCUCCAAAGAGGAAGCCCAAGAAAGUGAAAGAAUCCCCUCAGAGUAACAAAAAGAAAAUAGCAAGGCUAAACACACUCACUGAUGUGGAGAAGGCACUCUCAGAGACCAAGGAUUCUACCUCGGCUAUGGCAACUCUGGAGGAGCUGCGGGUGAGGGAGAUGGAGGCUCUCUCCAUUCUCAGGGCAGCUAAUGAGUCCAAGCUCCUUCCUACAGCAGACUGCAUGGACCUGAAAGUGUGCAUCUGCCAGAAGGCUCCCAUGGGAGCGAUGCUGCAGUGUGAGCUCUGCAGGGAUGCGUUCCACAGUGUGUGUGUCAGGGACCCGACGGACACCUGCGCAUCCCAGCCAUGGCUGUGUCCGCAGUGCCGGCGAUCCGAAAAGCCUCCGCUGAACAAGGCCCGCUCCCUGCUGGCAUCACUACAGCGCAUACGGGUGCGGCUGCCGGAGGGCGACGCGCUGCAGUACAUGGUGGAGAGGACAGUCAACUGGCAGCACCGGGCACAGCAGAUUUCACACACCUUUAACCUACCAGAGCUGGAAGAGAGGCCUGGAACUCCACCCACUCUCACCCGCUGGGCAUCAGGCAGCCACAAUACUGACAGCAAUGCACAGGCUCCUUAUUUGACUCCAGAGUGGAACAGGACAAGCCAUGCUCAGACUGUCUUUUACACUGAGCAGAGAUGCAUACCCCUACAGGGUUUGAGCAGGGAGUUGGAGGAGCUGAUGGUGGAAGGGCUCCUGCUGCAGGUGUCCCUGCCGGAGACCCAGAGCCUGUACCAUGCUUUGCUGAACAGGGUCACCACCCACCACACAAACGGAUGCAUGUCACCAUCACAAGACAACUCCACAGACUGUGACAAAUACAUGCAGUACAACUCUCAGGGAAAAAGUCUGCCACCGAAAGAGGAUGGGGUCAGUGGCAUGAAGGAAGUUAUGAACGGCUCAGAAAAGAAAGCUAAGCGGCAUUUGGAGAGAGAGGGUCUAGCAGCAGAGCACAGGGGAAAGGACAAAAAACACUAUCACAAGAGGCAGAAGAUGAAUAAAGAGAAGAACUUGGACCGCAGGUCAGCCUCGACAUCCUCUUCCCCACGCUCAGAUUUCUCCCAGUCAGACGACUCUGAUGAGGAAAUGGCUGUGUGUCCAGCAGAGAGGUGUCAGCUGCCUGAAGGAGACGAGGUGGACUGGGUGCAGUGCGACGGCAGCUGUAACCAGUGGUUCCACCAAGUCUGUGUUGGCGUCACAGCUGAGUUGGCAGAGAAGGAGGACUACAUUUGUGUCAGCUGUACAAUAAAUGAUGGACACAUGAGAAAGUGAAGAGAAAGUGAAGAGAUUUUUGAAGAACGGCUGGAGAGCUCUACCCAUCAACCCGUUAUAGCAAGCCACCAGUCUGGAUGUGUCACUGAUCCUUUAUCCCCCUCACCCCCGUGUCCUGUCUGUCCGACCCUUUUGUAACAUCGGUGCUAUCUCCUCUUUAUUGACUUGUUGUCCAGAACUAUACUGUUUAGUUAUUUUUUUGUAUUUUUACAUAUAUAUAUAUUAUAUUAUAUUAUAUAUAUUUCUUUCUUCCUAUGAAUUGUUUGUGGUUGUCUAAAUGGAAAAAAAUACAGGAUGUGGAGUGUGCUGCAUGGGAUUCCAUUACAUUGGUGCAAGGGAGUCUUAACAAACAUGAUGCACCCUGUAAAGAUCAAGGGUUAAUAUUUUCUUCUUUGGAACCUCCUUGCAUGCAAAACAAGAGAUAAGGGGAGAGAAGUACAGGUUUUCAUCCCCUUUCCCCCUCCCCCUAAAAAAUCGCUAUUACAUUUUUUUUUUCUUUGAAACCCAGUGUUUAGUACAUGCAUCUUAAUAUAAUUAUUCCCAAUUUUUGUAGAAUAGGUUUAUUUAUCUGAGCAAUAAUUUUUUGUCUGAAUUGACUUUAAUGGCUUGAUCUCCGCUGAACUGUGUUGGUGCUUUAGCAAUGGUGUGAUGUACAGAAAGCUAAAUAGAUGGAUGGCUUACAGCUGUGGGGUAACACUGUAGCAGAAUGAAGGAAAGAUACUGCUUACAUUUACUGCCACAACAUGUGAUUUGGCUUAGGAUACUUUGGGACGUUGGGGUAGUUAAAAGACGUUGCAAGUUUAUAUUGUGGAAUAAAACCCUUUUGUUCUAUGAA